CCCCAAGCACUGCGUCACACAUCAAUGUCCCUCAUCUAUCAUCGGUCACUCAGCAGGAACGAAAAAGACACAAACGCCAUUGAUUCCUUAAGUCAGGAGACCCAACAAUUCCACCAACCAACACACCCUCAGCUCCAUUCGCUCGACCGGCCUUCAUCAGGGGAGCCAUGCUCGUCACGUCACUCGGCUUACGAACUCCAGAUGCCGCGGCCGGGAUGGUCUACGGCUCCUCGGGCUCUCUAAAGCAGCCGCAGCAGUCGGGGCAGUCGAGCAGCCACGCCCCGCAUCUGCUCUCAGCGCACCGGUCGAUGCGGUCGGCAAGCCCGAUAGCAAAGCGGAGGGCGACGAACAUGAGUGCGACCGCAAGGCAGACUCCCGACCAGAAGACACCGUGGAAAGUCUGACCGCUUGUCGCGAGUAUGACGAUGGCGAUCGCCAGAAACAGAACUGCCAUCCAGAGGUAAAAGCAGCCGACCCGCCUCUGUCAACACAGAAUGAAUGACGCACGCACACAUCUCAAAUGAAAUGGCCAUCCAUCCCUGCCCCCCUGUCGCCUUACUUGUUUUCGUGCGGCAUCGCUCUCGCGUAGUGCCGGUGGUUGUCCCAGCCCCUCCACGCCCGCCUCGACCCUUAUGGAAGGCUGGCCCUCCCCGCCAUGCCCAGGGAAGCUGUUAGCGUCGAUUGUCACGUCGUCAGCUGUCAGAUCUGGGUGAUCCGGGAACUUGAUCAGGGCCGCACUGUAGCCGUCAAGGACCGGAGCAAAUGCAGCUUUGAGCAACCUUUGAAGCUCACUGCGAAGAAUGCCACGCCUGAAGGAUAUCGAUGUGCUGUUCGGAAGGUUCACAAGCCGCUGAAAUGUCCGCUCAUCUGGCCGGUUGUCGUAGAAUCGGAGGCGGAACUCCAGCCGUAUGCUCAUCGCCUUCACGUUCACGUUCGCUGACGGCUGUCUGGUAGGGGAGAUCUGCCGCCGCGUCACUCACUGCGGAAGAAAUGGAUGAAUGAUGGAAAUGCUG